AACGCGUAUGCGCACAAUUCGCGAACAAUUCUGGAGCAAUCCGCGCAAAAAGCGACCCCUUCGUUCGCGCUCGCUGCGCAAUGUCAAGGCCGAAGGAUUAUCGUCGCCCGAUGACGUCUCGAACUCGACCGAGACCAACCACGAACUGAGAAGUGCAGAAGUGGUCGCACAAUCCUCGCAUCAUCCGAAAGCUCGUUCCGCAUCAGGUGCGCGUCCCUCCAUUUCGUUCCCCACCAUGCAGGUGGUGUGUCACCAACACACAUGCAGAUCUCGCGCAUUCGACCAUGUAUCUGGUCCCCUGCUGCCUACCAACCGACGAAUCGGCACAUUCGUAUCGCGAGAUAUCGCGCAUAAAUCUCUAGGUGUUAUUUUGUCGGAAGAGGAGAGCGAGGAAGACACGAUGCGUACUAAAUUGCCCGAUUAAUCAAAAAUCGUUCGAUUACACGAAUAAUGAAUAGCGAUGACUCUCUAAUGUCCGAUAUUCCGAUUAUGCGUCUUCGACUCUCCAACUUUCGACUCCGAAUUACCUCAUUGCCAUGAUAAUCUUUGCGGAAAUUGUUAUAUAGUCUCGUUUGGCUGUG